GAAGUUGCUUAGGCCCAGACCAAAGAUGGCGGCUGCGGCGCCGGUCGCCCACGCUCCGUAACCUCCUGUAACCAAUGGAGCCGCGACGCUCGGGUGACUUACUGCGACGACUUCUGCACGACAUUAUCUGAUGCAACCUCCGAGUUGAGGAAGUCGCCGGUGCACUUUGCGGGUGAUAAGGCGGCGGCGUGUUGGAGGCGAUGUCCUUGGAGGUGACCAGGGCGACCGCGGGGAUGGUGCUAGCAGAGCUGUAUGUCUCAGACCGAGAGGGAAGUGAUGCUACUGGUGAUGGAACCAAGGAGAAACCUUUUAAAACAGGCCUUAAGGCUUUGAUGACAGUUGGAAAAGAACCCUUUCCUACCAUUUACGUAGAUUCACAAAAAGAAAAUGAGAGGUGGGAUGUCAUUUCUAAAUCACAGAUGAAGAACAUUAGAAAACUGUGGCACAGGGAACAGAUGAAGAGUGAAUCCCGGGAAAAGAAAGAGGCAGAAGACAAUUUACGAAGAGAGAAGAACCUGGAAGAAGCAAAGAAGAUUACCAUUAAAAACGACCCAAGUCUUCCAGAGCCAAAUUGCGUGAAGAUUCGUGAAUUAGAAGGAUAUAGAGGCCAAAGAGUAAAGGUAUUUGGCUGGGUCCACAGGCUGCGUAGGCAAGGAAAGAAUUUAAUGUUUCUGGUGUUGCGGGAUGGUACAGGUUAUCUCCAGUGUGUCUUGUCAGAUGAUUUGUGUCUGUGUUACAAUGGAGUAGUCUUGUCCACUGAGAGUAGUGUCGCAGUGUAUGGAAUGCUAAAUCUUACCCCAAAGGGCAAGCAGGCUCCAGGGGGCCAUGAGCUGAAUUGUGACUUCUGGGAACUGAUUGGGUUGGCCCCCGCUGGAGGCGCUGAUAACUUAAUCAAUGAGGAGUCUGACGUUGACGUCCAGCUCAACAACAGACACAUGAUGAUCCGGGGAGAAAACAUGUCCAAAAUCCUAAAAGCACGUUCUGUGGUCACCAGGUGCUUUAGAGAUCACUUCUUCGAUAGGGGGUACUACGAAAUCAGUCCUCCAACGUUAGUGCAAACACAAGUGGAAGGCGGUGCAACACUCUUCAAGCUGGACUAUUUUGGGGAGGAGGCGUAUCUGACUCAGUCCUCUCAGCUGUACCUGGAGACCUGCAUUCCAGCUCUGGGAGAUGUUUUUUGUAUCGCACAGUCAUACAGGGCAGAACAAUCCAGAACACGAAGGCACCUGGCUGAAUACACUCACGUGGAAGCAGAGUGCCCUUUCCUGACCUUUGAGGAGCUCCUGAACCGAUUGGAGGACUUGGUCUGUGACGUGGUCGAUAGAGUCUUGAAAUCACCCGCAGCAAGCGUAGUGCAUGACCUCAACCCGAACUUCAAGCCCCCCAAACGGCCUUUCAAACGGAUGAACUAUUCAGAUGCUAUUGUGUGGCUAAAAGAACACAAUAUAAAGAAAGAAGAUGGAACUUUCUAUGAAUUUGGAGAGGAUAUCCCAGAAGCUCCUGAGAGACUGAUGACAGACACCAUUAAUGAGCCCAUCUUGCUGUGUCGAUUUCCUGUGGAGAUCAAGUCCUUCUAUAUGCAGCGAUGUCCCGAGGAUUCCCGCCUUACCGAAUCUGUCGACGUGUUGAUGCCCAAUGUUGGUGAGAUUGUGGGAGGCUCGAUGCGUAUCUGGGAUAAUGAAGAGAUACUGGCAGGUUAUAAAAGAGAAGGAAUUGACCCCACUCCCUAUUACUGGUACACAGAUCAGAGAAAAUAUGGCACAUGUCCACAUGGAGGCUAUGGCCUGGGCUUGGAACGAUUCUUAACCUGGAUUCUGGAUAGAUACCACAUCCGAGAUGUAUGCUUAUACCCUCGAUUUGUCCAGCGCUGCAAGCCAUAACCGAUUCCUCCUGGAGAUUUAAGGAAAGAACACGGUUCAUGGAAGGAACAGGCUGCCUCUUCUAAAAAAAAAAAAAAAACAGCCAAAAUCUUCCCUUUUUUAUUCCACUGGGGUAUAUCCAUUUCUGUUUUCUCCUUUUGUUUUUUAUUCCUGCUACCAUGAAAAGCAAUCCAAAUCAUGUGAAUAUCAAGUGACAUUGAUGGUGUCAUUUUAAGAAAAGAAACCCAUUACAAAGUUUGGGGGAAAAUAUGUGGCAUGUAACUCUGCAGUCAUGAGUAUAUUUCAGCAUUUUAUCCAAUUUUAGGUUAUAAUCUUUGUGUCAUAUAUACCACAUAUAUGAUUAGUUUUAACUUGUAGUCUGAGACAUUCCAGUAACUUAACCUUUCUGUCCUUUUAAGUGUAACUGGGAUUCUUUAAUUUAUAUCAUUUUAUUGUAUCAGUGAGUUAAAACAAACACUGGGGAAAAAUUGACAACAUGCUGUAAAAAUCUGCUAGUAUUAGAACAGAGUAUAAAUCAGCAGUAGAUACAGGAAUGAAAUGAAUAGUCUUUUGCCUCAGUUGUUAAUCUUUUCUAAAUCUGAUAGCUGCUUAUAUAAUUCUAAAGCAUACGAAUUUAUUUGGAAGAAUUUGUAAUAGAAUGGCCUUAAACGGUUUGAAGUAAGAGCAAGUUUUUUGUUUUUGUUUUUUGGCACUUCAGUGAACAGCAUUCUUCCUAGCAUUAGUUCAAACUAAAGAGGCAGGGUGAUCUUCACUCUUCCCUGGUAGCUCCUAAGUAAUUAAGAAUAAAUAAGUUCCAGGGCUUCCCUGGUGGCACAGUGGUUGAGUAUCCCCCUGCCAAUGCAGGGGACACGGGUUUGACCCCUGGUCCAGGAAGAUCCCACAUGCCACAGAGCACCUAAGCCCAUGUGCCACAACUACUGAGCCUGCACUCUGGAGCCCGUGAGCCACAACUACUGAAGCCCUCGUGCCUAGAGCCUGUGCUCUGCAGCAAGAGAAGCCACCGUAAUGAGAAGCCCAUGCACCACAACCAGAGAAAGCCCACGCGCAACAACGAAGACCCAGCGCAGCCAAAAAUAAAUAAAUAAAUAAAUUUAUUUUUAAAAAGUAAAUAAGUUCCAAAAGUAUUUGCAGCUGGAAUCUUCAUGACAGCCCUGCAUGGCUUUUGGAGUCACCCCACACUGUGUCUUUAGGUCUAAUCUGUGCUAAUUUAUUAACUUGCAGGCUUAUUGAAUGGCUUCAUUUCAGAUUUGGUUAAUUUUCGCCCAAAAUGCAUGUCAUGUAUCCUCAAUAAGCUCUAUUCCCAGCAAUCAAUAAAUGGAUACAUGUAAAAAUUC